AUGGGGGCUGCACAGUGCAAGAUGUGCUGUGAGGAUGAGACUGACUCGGGCCAAAUGGUGACAGUGGAGACGAUGACCACAGUUGCGGAUGCCAUAAGGAUCCAACAGGAAGAGAAAUCAAAUCCGCUGAAGCAAGGCCUUUUCGGUGGCACGUUGCAAGGCAGGUGGCGAAGGAUGCAGGACAAAUGCCUGCUAGGCCGAAUCCAAGACAAUAAGAUGAUUUGGCAGCCUUUGUAUCAACACCCGCCGACGUUGUUGAAGGCUUUGGGGGAAGACAGGAUCUGCAUGGAUCUUGAGGGCGUCCGGCAUGAAGGUAUGGUGGUGUACUCGGCGUCCAGCAGCAAGUUGCUCAUCAACUGGAGUGAUGGUGAAGUGUGGACGAAGGAACUCUAG